GCCCCGCCCCGCUCGCCCCACUCGCCGCGCUGCCGCCGGUCCGGGGGAGGUCCCGCGAGUGGCCCAGCGCCCAGGCUGCACGGGGUGCUGUUCGGGUGGAGGUGGGGGAGCUGCCGGGACACCAAAAUAGGAGCCGCUUGUGGGCUGGAGCUGCACUAGCAGGCAGCCUCCGCUGCGCCUCUUCCAAAGAUGGUCAGAGGGUCCGGCGGCGCCCCCGCUCCUGCUCGCUGCUAGCCCGCAGGUCAGCGCCGCGUCCCGGAACCUCGGCCUGAGCUAUGGCUCUAAAAGGACAAGAAGAUUAUAUUUAUCUUUUCAAGGAUUCAGCACAUCCAGUGGAUUUUCUGGAUGCCUUCAGAACAUUUUACUUGGAUGGAUUAUUUACUGAUAUUACCCUUCAGUGUCCUUCAGGCAUAAUCUUCCAUUGUCACCGAGCUGUUUUAGCUGCUUGCAGCAAUUAUUUUAAGGCAAUGUUCACAGCUGACAUGAAAGAAAAAUUUAAAGAUAAAAUAAAACUCUCUGGCAUCCACCAUGAUAUUCUGGAAGGCCUGGUAAAUUAUGCAUACACUUCCCAAAUUGAAAUAACUAAAAGGAAUGUUCAAAGCCUGCUUGAAGCAGCAGAUCUGCUGCAAUUCCUUUCAGUAAAGAAGGCUUGCGAGCAGUUUUUGGUAAGGCAUUUGGAUAUUGAUAAUUGUAUUGGAAUGCACUCCUUUGCAGAAUUUCAUGUGUGUCCAGAACUAGAGAAGGAAUCUCGAAGAAUUCUCUGUUCAAAGUUUAAGGAAGUAUGGCAGCAAGAAGAAUUUUUGGAAAUCAGCCUUGAAAAGUUUCUCUUUAUCUUGUCCAGAAAGAAUCUCAGUGUUUGGAAAGAAGAAGCUAUCAUAGAGCCAGUUAUUAAGUGGACUGCUCAUGAUGUAGAAAAUCGAAUUGAAUGCCUGUAUAAUCUACUAAGCUAUAUCAACAUAGAUAUAGAUCCAGUGUAUUUAAAAACAGCUUUAGGCCUUCAAAGAAGCUGUCUACUAACUGAAAAUAAGAUACGCUCUCUAAUAUACAAUGCCUUGAAUCCCAUGCAUAAAGAGAUUUCUCAGAGGUCCACAGCCACAAUGUACAUCAUUGGAGGGUACUACUGGCAUCCUUUAUCAGAGGUUCACAUAUGGGAUCCUUUGACAAAUGUUUGGAUUCAAGGAGCAGAAAUACCAGAUUAUACAAGGGAGAGCUAUGGUGUUACAUGUUUAGGACCCAAUAUUUAUGUAACUGGGGGCUACAGGACGGAUAACAUAGAAGCUCUUGACACAGUGUGGAUCUAUAACAGUGAAAGUGAUGAAUGGACAGAAGGUUUGCCAAUGCUCAAUGCCAGGUAUUACCACUGUGCAGUCACGUUGAGUGGCUGUGUCUAUGCUUUAGGUGGUUACAGAAAAGGGGCUCCAGCAGAAGAGGCUGAGUUCUAUGAUCCAUUAAAAGAGAAAUGGAUUCCUAUUGCAAAUAUGAUUAAAGGUGUGGGAAAUGCUACUGCUUGUGUCUUACAUGAAAUUAUCUAUGUCAUUGGUGGCCACUGUGGCUACAGAGGAAGUUGCACAUAUGACAAAGUCCAGAGCUACAAUUCGGAUAUCAACGAAUGGAGCCUGAUCACCGCCAGUCCACAUCCAGAAUAUGGAUUGUGCUCAGUUCCAUUUGAAAAUAAGCUCUAUUUAGUCGGUGGACAAACUACAAUCACGGAAUGCUAUGAUCCUGAACAAAAUGAAUGGAGAGAGAUAGCUCCUAUGAUGGAAAGGAGGAUGGAAUGUGGUGCUGUCAUCAUGAAUGGAUGUAUUUAUGUCACUGGAGGAUACUCCUACUCCAAGGGAACAUAUCUUCAGAGCAUUGAGAAAUAUGAUCCAGAUCUUAAUAAGUGGGAAAUAGUGGGCAAUCUCCCAAGUGCCAUGCGGUCUCAUGGGUGCGUUUGUGUGUAUAAUGUCUAAUUGAAUCAGAAAUGACCAAGCAAUCACUGUUUUGGAGUAUUUUGAAAAAACAAAAAGAAUGGAAUGCUGGUUUGGAGUUCCUUACUUGUUAAUCUGGUCUGGCACAUGAUAGGGGAUCGGUAAAUUUUAUUUCCUAACCCCAUUCUACUCCCAAACCCAAUGAUUAAUGGGCAAGAAAAAUCUUAGGUGUAUAUAGAGUUGAAUUAGUGGGAUUAGCCCCUAUAAUCUCUGCUUUUCAGAGGUAAUACAGAAUUAUGUAUUUAACACUUGGUAAAAUGUGAAAUGUCUUUGUAGUGAAUCUUUUUCUCCUGGUAGCAUCAACACUGAGGAUAGGUCAGAAUCAUUCUGUGAAAUGAAAUGUCUCUUAAGAGCCAUUAACUAGGAGGAAUUUUAAAUUUAAAGAGGGAAUCAUCUCUACCUCUGCAAAAUCAACACUUAAAAUUUUUUUUUCUUUUUUGAAUUUUUGGCUGGGGCUAGGUUUGAACCCGCCACCUCUGGCAUAUGGGACCGGUGCCCUACUCCUUGAGCUACAGGCGCCGCCCUUUUUUUUUCUUUUUUUGAGACAGAGCCUCAAGCUGUCACCUUGGCUAGAGUGCUAUGGCAUCACAGCUCACAGCAAACCUCCAACUCCUGGGCUUAAGCUAUUCUCUUGCCUUGGUCUCCCAAGUAGCUGGAAGCUGGCCUGCCACAACGCCUGGCUAGUUUUCGUUUGUAGUUGUCAUUGUCGUUUGGCAGGCCUGGGCUGGAUUCAAACCCACCAGCUCUGGUGUAUGUGGCUGGCGCCUUAGCCACUUGAGCUAUAGGCGCCAAGCCAACACUUAAUUUUUUUUUUUUUUUUUUUUUGCUUUUAAAAUUAUUUAGAACAUAGACUUUAAGUCUAGUUUCUUUCCCUUUGUGAUGUAAUUAAUUGUUAUUAUUCUUUAUUUACUGACUACCAGAGAUAUAUAAAAUAUCAUGCAAAGGAUUAUUACUGUUCAGAGAGUUUAAAAACUAAAUUUAAAACAAUGGCACAUACGAAAAAUUGCAGAGAAGAGAAUCAGAUAUUUGUUUUGUUUAUGCUAAGGGCUAUUUUUAAUUUUCAGCUUUGAUGUAAAUUACUGGCUUAGGUGUCUUCAGUUUAAGCAUGUUAGGAAAUGCUCUUUAGUCUUAAGUGUAAGUACCUGUCUGCAUAUAAAAUUGAAUUUUAGAGGCAGACAGCAUGUAGAACAGUGUGGAAUAGCAGACAAUACAUUGACAAGAAGAUAAUUUGCAUUCAUUUUCUAGCUCUGCCACUAACUAGAUUUUGCGACUUGAGCCCCUUAACCUGUCUUUGAUUAGAACUUUCUGACCCAUGCACACUGGCAGUGCAGGUCAUAGAUGUGCCUAACUGUGGAUCUGCUUGUUCUCUCCCAUUAUAGCAAGAGGUGAUUUGGGUCACCUUUGUCCAUUUUCUCCUGUGUGCCUGUAGGUUCACUUUCCUUGUGUGCCAUAACUUGAGCAAAGUUGGGAAGCACAGCUUAGGUUAACUCUUUUAAACUUUCAGUUAUCUGUGAGACCCUCUAUUCUAUACUCUUCUUUUUUUUUUUUUUAAGAGACGGUGAUUAUUUUUAACUUUAAAUACUGAUGUUUAAAACUACCUAACACUUCUAGUUUUAAUAAAAACCUCAAGAGAUUUUUUUUUUCUUUUUUUUUUUUUGAGAAAGAAUCUUACUCUGUCUCCCUGGCUAAAACACAGUGGUGUCAUAGCUCACAGCAACCUCAAACUCCUGGGCUUCAGCAAUCCUCCUGCCUCAGCCUCCUGAGUAGCUGGGACUACAGGCACCCACUACCAUGCCUGGCUAAUUUUUCUAGUUUGUGUAUUUCUUGCUCAGACUGGUUUUAAACUUAUGGCUCUAAUCAAUCUUCCCAUCUCAGCCUCCCAAAAGGGCUAGGAUUAUAAGCAUGAGCUACCACCCUGGCCAGGAAAUUGUUUAAUGUAGUGGUUCUCAACCUCCCUAAAGCCGCAAUGUAUUUUCAUUCUUACAAAGGGGUCAUGACCCGCUGGUUUAAUACAUUUAUUUCAGAUGUCAUUUUAAAUUGAUACAACCCUUUGGGAAUGCAGUAUGGUACUGCACAGCAAGGGACAUAAAAAUGACCAUAUCUUUUGCCCCAUAAAUUCUAUACCUAUAUUUUUAACCUUAAAAAGAUUUAAAAAAAUAAAUACAUGAAGAUGUUUAUGUCUGUAUUAUUUAAAAUAGCAAAAAAUUAUAUAAAAUAUCUCCAGGUCAAAGAUGAAAGUGGGCUAAUAAAAACAGUGAAGUAUUAGAGUGCCGUCAAAAUAAUCAUUUGGAAAGCUAUGUAGAAACAUGUACAUGUCUGAUAUGGUAAGUAAAAUGAGCACAAUACAAAGUAGUAUGCACACUGAUUGUGACUUUAUAAAGUCUUUACGCAUGUGGAAGGUUAAUAUGCAAAACAAAUUCAUUGUGUUAGUGUAGGGGGAUAUGGAAUCAUUAUUUAAAUUUUUUUUCUUUAGUAUUAUUUUGAGUUUUCAAUAAAAAUAAA